UCACAUAAUAAUAAAAGUGUUUCAAACUAAUACUGUCAGUAUGUUUAAAAUGGAUACAGAAAUCCCAAAGAUAACUAUACGGGACAUCACAGAAGAUAGAUGUAAGCAGCAUCCGGCGGAGAAAACUGUAUUUCUUUGUACAAUUCACGACUCCAUGAUUUGCGGCAGAUGUCUUCAUUCGGGACAUCUUCAGUGCGGAAAAGAGGUUGUUGACUUGCUGCAUGAAAUUUCAAUUGAAUGCGACAGAGCAAACAUGAUGAAGUCAGUCUUGAUGGAGGUAAAAGAUAAUAUCAAACAGUUGAAAAAUGAGGUUGACUAAAAUUUGGAAGGUAAAAAAAGCAAUGCUGAUAAAUGUAUGAAAGACUACAUGGCAUUAGAAAAAAAAUUAAACAACGUAUAGAUGAAAUGACAAGUCGUUUUAAAAAUGAAAUAGCAAGAAGACGUGACAUGAACGUAUGCACGUAUUCCCGAAUAAUUGAGAUAUUUAGAGAGAAAAGCACGUGGUGUGACAAUGAAUAUAGAAAGCUUAAUGAGUACGUUGAGAAAAAUAUGGCUGGGUACUUGUACAUCAUGAGAAGGAAUUUUGAGAGAAGGGUUUCAGAGGUUAAAUCUCGCCUGAAAGAAACAGAACACAAACAUACUUUGAAAGGGUUUGACUUUAAAGAAAACAAAGUUGUUUUGAAAUGUGUGUUUGAGGACUUGGACGAAGUUUGUGAACUACAAGAAGAAGUUACUGGAAGCGACGAUGGAUUAGCCAACGAUGAUGUCGCGUCCACUACAGAUUUUCACAAGACACGGCGGGAGCUCAGUGCACUGUUGAAUCAGGCUAAACAAGGCGUAGAUAACUCUGAAAAGACACGGAAGGCACUGUGUGAUGAGCUGGGCCAAGUAAAAAAGGACCUAGAUAAGUCAGAAAAGGCAAGGAAGAGGUUCGAACAAGAUUUACUGGAAGCGAAACGUGUCAUAGAAAGAUCGGAAAAAACACGGAAGGCACUGUGUGAUGAGCUGGGCCAAGUAAAAAAGGACCUAGAUAAGUCAGGAAAGGCAAGGACGAGGUUCGAACAAGAUUUACUGGAAGCGAAACGUGUCAUAGAAAAAUCGGAAAAAACACGGAAGGCACUGUGUGAUGAGCUGGGCCAAGCAAAAAAGGACCUAGAUAAGUCAGAAAAGGCAAGGAAGAGGCUCAAACAAGAGUUACUGGAAGCGAAACGGGCUAAAGUAAAAUCUGAAAGGAUAAACCCACAAAGCCUGUACAAGAGCUUUUAG